CGGCGGCGCCGCUUUACAACCGCAUAGUCGCUCGCAUUGCUCGCUUCGCGCGGCGAAACGUAAACUCCGACAGCCAGUCAUACGCACUGCACGCAGCGAAGCUCUUGCAACCACAAAUCGCUGCGGCGCGCAACGAAGCCAUGUCGUCGCGCGCCGACUACCUUAAGAAAUACACGAGCGGCGGCAAGAAAGACAAGAAAAAGAAGAAGCGCAAGCGCGAGAAGGCGUCGGCGGCGGCCUCGGGCAUGCGCCUGGUCGAGUCGGACGACGAGUGGGCCGCGCCCGCGCCCGGCGGCGCCGGCUUCGACGCCGAGGCCGACGACGAGGCGCCCCAGGUGGUCUUCGACGACGCCGAGGGUGCCGUCAAGCCCGAGGAGGUCGUGCGGACGCGCGGCGCGUGGGCGGCCGUCGGAGGCGGCGGCGGCGGCGGGUCGGACAGCGACGCGUCGCCGCCGCGGCGCGGGCGCGCGGGCUCCGACUCGGACGCCUCGCCGCCGCGGCGCGGGCGCGCGGGCUCGGACAGUGACGCGAGCCCACCGCGGCGGGGGCGGGCCGGAUCUGAUAGCGACGCGAGCCCUCCGCGGCGGGGGCGCGCGGGCUCUGAUUCGGACGCGUCGCCUCCGCGACGAGGCCGCGCGGGCUCUGACUCGGACGCAUCGCCACCGCGACGAGGUCGCGCGGGCUCUGACAGCGACGCCUCUCCGCCAAGGCGGGGCCGCGCGGGCUCCGAUAGCGACGCGAGUCCUCCCCGACGCGGCCGAGCUGGAUCCGACAGCGACGCGUCUCUGCCGCGACGGGGCCGCGCGGGCUCGGAUUCCGACGCAUCUCCGCCGCGACGAGCACGCGCAGACGACAGCGACGCCAGCCCGCCGCGCCGGCGCGCGCGCGCAGACGACAGCGACGCGAGCCCCCCGCGCCGGCGACGAGCCGACCCCGACGCGAGCCCGCCGCGCCGCCCGCCGAAGACGGAGCGCGUCGCCUUCGCGCCGGCCGACAAGAAGGCCAGCCAGCGCGGCGCGCGAAAAAUGGCCGACGGCCAUUCGGCCGGCGUGCUGUCGGGCGCCGAGUUCAAGGCCGCCGAGACCAAACUGAGGGAGGAGCGGCGGCGCGAGGCCGCGGCCAUGGACCCGAGCGAGUCGGGCGCGCACGCCGCGACGGUCUACCGCGACCGGCGCACGGGCAAGGCCAUCAACCUCGCGGACGAGGCGGCGCGCAUCGAGGCGGAGCGCGAGAAGAAGGCCCAGGAGGCGCGCGAGCAGUUCGAGUGGGGCCGAGGAACGAAGCAGAAAGAGGCCGAAGCGGACGCGAGGGCGGAGCUCAAGGCCGUGGCGAACGAGCCCUUCGCGCGGCGCGCCGACGAUCCCAAGCUGGAGAAGAUGCGGAGGGAUGUGAUUCGGGACGGCGACCCGAUGGCCGACUACAUCCGGCAAAGCCGAGCACAGGAAGAGGAGAAGGCGACGCCGGCGGAAUCAAGGCGCCCAGUCUAUAAGGGCCCGCCCCCGCCGCCGAACCGGUUCGGCAUCCGGCCAGGCUACCGAUGGGACGGCGUCGACCGCGGCAACGGCUGGGAGCAGAAGCUCCAGAACCACGCGGCACAACAGGUCGGCCUGAGGAACGACCGGUAUGCCUGGUCAUGCGCAGACAUGUAG